UCGCGCUUCCGCCGACCCCACCUGCACGAUCAUGACAAGUGAUGCGAACCUCAACUUAGCGAGAAGACUUUGCAGGGCCCAAGUCUUAGCAAGAUCUCGCUGUGAAAUGUAAGGCAUGCCGUCUUGGAAAACAUGGAGCCAAUAAAGAGAUCACUGUCAAAUAGGUCAAUGAGACUGGGUGCGAGCGAGGCCGAUGCCAGGUCAUGGGGGGGUUCAUCAGGAGAAGGCGAGCUGGAGACAGACUCGUUGCUGCUACGAAAGGACGACAACUUGUACGAGAAUGAGUUUGAGGAGGUCACCCUCGCAGCAGAAAGGAACUUGCCUCAAGCUUUGCCUUCUGUACGGUUGAAACGGCCCCACGGUGGGCCCUUAGCAGCUCCACAGUCUGCAUCUCAGAAUGUCCGAAAAGCUUCAACAUCAGUGCCAACCGUGCCUACGAAAACAGUGGUGGUGGAUGAUGGGUACAGAAAUGGAAAUGCGGUGUCGGCGAAAUCCCCACCAUCGUCGUCGCCAAUGGUGAAUGGGGGGGGGAAUGGGGGGAACCGAAAUGUUGGAGGGCGCAAAGCAAAUGCGGAAGUUACAGCUGUUGCAGAUUCUGGGACUCGUUCAGAUUCCUCUCUCAUUAGCUCCUUGGGAAUCCGAUCAGGCCAUCGAUUUGUCACGGAAAUAGGAGCGGUGGAGAUUGAAAACAUGGAGAAGAUGAUGACAAAUGCGGCAAAGGAGGCAGCAGUUCGGGAAAGCAAGGACGGUUCAAAAAAGGGCAGUGAGCGGCAGCAGCAGAGCACACUGCAUCUCCAGCCUUUCUCUUAUAUGCCAAGACGGUUUGAACACGGCGGCGGUGCAGAAAGCUCCGAUGACAGUGACGGUGGCUCAGAUGGCGAGGGGGAGGAGAGAGAUGCUGAUGGGUCGGCUGCGGACUUGUCCUUGCAAAUGCCAUAUACAAGAGAGGUUAGCCGCGGGAGCGAUACCAGAGAAGUUCCAAGUACGGGUCUGGGCACUGUCGUGGGCCGAAGCCAGUUGGCGAAUGAAGCUGGCUACGAGGUGCCCCCAGGUAACAGAGGUAACGGAGACGGUGACGAGUUGGAGAUGGAUCAUGGCUUUGGGAAAAAGGUGAAGGACCCCAAAUCGCUGGCGACAAGCAAGAGCGGUCAAUGCUUCACAUUGAUCUUGGUUGUCCUGGUGCUAGUAAUGGCCUACUUCUACCUUCGGUCAAGCACGGCUGCCCCAAAGGCAAAGGGUGGAGUGUGGGAGACAAAGCUUCUGAGAGGACAGCGAUCUGUAUUUGAGGAGGCAACGGGGAAAACCUUCCUGUUUCUAGAAGCGCAGAGGUCAGGUAAACUGCCUGUGAAUAACCGGGUGCCCUGGCGGGGUGACUCUGGGUUGUCGGACGGCAAGGAAGUAAAGAGAGAUCUAACGGGUGGUUACUACGACUCAGGGGAUAGCAUAAAGUUCAAUUUCCCAAUGGCUUUCACCAUCACCAUGCUCUCGUGGGGAGUGGCGGAGUACAAACAUAUGUUUGGCUCGGAGAUCGACCGUGCUACGGAAGCGAUAAAAUGGGGUACUGACUACAUUCUCAAAUGUUGGGACAAGGACAAUGAGAUUCUUUUUGUACAGGUAGGCGAUCCUGAAUUGGAUCAUCCCUGUUGGUUGCGGCCAGAAGACACGACAAUCCCCAGGAAGGCGAUGGCUGUGAAUGCUUCCCAUCCAGGAUCUGAUGUUGCAGGUGAAAUGUCUGCUGCCUUGGCUGCGGCUUCAAUUGCCUUGGGAAAUGUGAAUGAGACGUACCGUCAUCUGCUUCUGUCCACCGCAGCUGAUCUUUGUGAAUUUGCCAUGAAGUACAAGGGCUACUACACUGAAAGCGUUCCAUCGGCGAUACAUUUCUACAACUCGACGGAAUAUGAAGACGAACUCCUGUGGUGCAAUGCGUGGCUGUAUCGAGCUACAGGAAAUGUGGAGUACUUGGAGUAUGCGGCAGAUCUGACUCAGACUCACCAGAGCUUUGAGUUCAGCUGGGACUCUAAGCACGCAGGUCUGCACGUGCUCAUCACAACAUUGCCGGAUUCGCUGAGGAUGAAUGCUCUUGGCAAGGUGUCUCAGAAAGACCUUGAUGGGUACAGUGCGUUGGCGGAACAAUUUACAUGCUUUCAGAUGUCCAAUCAGAACCCCUCGACUACGGCAGGGUUAGCUUUUUUGCGACCGGGCGAUCAGCUGGAGUACGUUGCUGCGUCCGUGUUUAUCGUCCUCAUCCAUGCAGAUUUCCUGAAGACGAAAAGCAAACAGCUCGGUCUGUGCAAGUCCGAUCCAGAUCGAGCCAUAAAGUGGGUUCAGUACCAGUCAGAGUACGUUCUCGGGAAUAAUCCCCUCGGCAUGAGCUACAUGGUUGGGCUUGGAGAAAAAUACCCGUUUCAUGUGCAUCAUCGGGGUGCAUCUAUCGCGGUCCCGGGAACUGCGAAUGACAUUGUUCCAAAGGAUGCGUACACGUGUAAAGGAGGUAGGUACUGGCUCAACACCACCAACCCAGAUCCUAAUGUCAUCAGCGGGGCUAUUGUUGGGGGUCCAAGUCAAGACGAUCAAUUCCUCGAUAUACGACUCAACUAUACUCAGUCAGAACCCUCGACAUACAUUUCUGGAGUCUUCUCUCCAGUGUUUGCUCGACUAACACAGCACAGCUUCACUGGACAGAUUCCUACGGCCGUUCCAACGUAGUCAGUUGGUUUGCAUUUGCGUUUGGCUUUUAGAGCUUGGCUUGCUACCAUGAUUGCGACAGGAUGAAUCCUUCACUGUGGUUUCUCCUGCUAACUUUUCAAAUAAUGUUAAUUUAAGAAGAUAGGGUACACCGUGUUCGCUGAUUGUAUCCUUGUCCAUUCCGAAGCAUCCUGACAUAUAAGAGGGAUUCUGUGCCCCAUCUCCGUUGAUUGGGCCGCAAGCGGCCACAGGUUCUUGCUUCUUCUCCUCAGGAUUGGUCAAAAGCGUUUGCCAAGUCCUUUUCUCCGUCUCAUCACGACUGAUUGUAACCGUCGAUUGGCGCUGGAUAGAAAUUCGAUGGAUUGUAUGUUGGAAAAGUCUGUCAUGCAUAUGGCUAUGCAUACUGUACCAGUGUACCCUAUCAACCCGUAUAUAUAUUUGGAGAGAGAGAGAGAGAGAGAGAGAGAGAGAGAGAGAGAGAGAGAGAGAGAGAGAGAGAGAAGGGAAGGGGGGGGGGGGGGGGGGGUAGAGGGGAGGUGGUUGUCAAGCUUCUUGCAUGUGUAAGUAGUUGAGCAGUUUGUUGCAUCUGAAAUUCUGAUGUGGUUUUGUGUCUUGGGGGGGUAGCGGUGACUCCGAGGUGGUUGUGGAGCUGCUUGCUUGUGUAUGUAGCUGAGCAGUUGGUUUCUUCUGAUGUGCUUUUGGUCUCCUUUUGCUGGAGGGCAGAGCAUCGCCAUGCUUUGGAAUAAGUGAUCGUUGUUGAGUGCAGUUAGUGGGCGGAUCAUAGAGUUUGACUAGCAGAGAUAUGCAUUGCACGGCUUGAAAGGUGUUUCCUUCUGUGCUCUGCAUCUGUGGUGUUGUCUGAUCUCUUAACUCGACUUCCAACCUUAGCCUUCUUUCUAGCUUUUUCUAUGCUUGUCAGGCGUAUGCAUAUGAGUGAAUGAGUACUGGGACAGGCGCUUCUGUUCAUUUAAUCUGCGUGCAUGGAUGUGUGUGCACUUCAAUCGCGUCUUUGCUUGCCAUCUGGGAAAUCUUUCUCCAAUGUUGAUGUCAUUGGUCACUCUCUCCCUAAGGCAAAUCCGAUUGAGUAAUUAUGGCAUUGCAAUUGCUAUUGGACUCUUGUAUUUGAUUUAACUGACUGGCGAACAUUGUUUGCACAGUUGGUUGAAAAGCCUCACAUGUGUGUUUGUGUGUGUGUGUGUGUGUGUGCGUGUGCGUUAUCAUGUUCGCUCUAUGCAAAUCCACAAAAAAAGCAUGACUGUGCCAGACUGUU